AUGAAAAGAUUGAGCAGCAUGCAAAGUUUUACUGUACAAAAUAUUUCAUUCACAACUUUCCAACUAAAUGGUUUCCAUGAUUUGGGAGAAUGGAAGCCUAUUUUAUCCAUCCCCUAUUUCCUCAUGUUUUUAUUGUCUACCACCUCCAACUCUAUUCUCAUAUAUUUGAUUGCAUCUCAGAGUAAUUUGCAUUCUCCAAUGUGUGUACUAAUUGGUUUAAUGGCUGUGGUGGACCUGUGUUUGCCAAUAUUUUUUGUACCAAAUAUGCUACUCAACUUUUUAUUUGGUUGGAAUUGGAUUUCACUUGUAGGAUGUUUGAUACAAAUGUUCUGUAUUCAUUACAUUGGUGCAUUUCAGUCUACAUUACUGGUGUGGAUGGCACUGGAUCGGUUCUUUGCUAUAUGCAGACCACUUUAUUAUCACAAACAUAUGGAAAUCUCUAACUUUCUGAAGUUCAUUGUUGUGCCACUAAUCAGAAAUGGACUCUUGAAUAUUACUAUGGUGUCUUGGGCUGGAAAAUUAUCUUUCUGUAUGGUAAAUGAAAUGGAUCAUUGCUUUUGUGAACAUAUGGCAUUGGUUCAGCUGGCAUGUGGUGAUAUUUCCCUUAACAACCUGUUAGGCCUGUUAACUGCUUUUCUCAUACCAACUGCAGAUUUUGUUUUCAUUACUGCAUCCUAUAUAAUUAUAUUUGCUUCUGUCCUGAAAUCAGGGAAGGCUCACUUGAAGGCUAUUAACACUUGUGUUACCCAUAUAAUUGUUAUGACAGUAAGUUUAACGUUUGCCUUGAUAGCUUUUAUGUCAUAUAGAAUAAGAAACAACUUCUCACCGAACAGCCGAGUCUUUCUGAGUACAAUGUACUUGCUUUUUCCAAGCUGCUUCAACCCAAUAAUUUAUGGAGUUAGAACAACAGAAAUAAGAGAACAGUUUCUAAAAUUUUUGAAUCAUAUGAAACUCUUAUGA